UAACCAAAAAGUUUAAACUUCACAAACUUAGUUCAAACAAUUCAGAUAAAAAUGAUUAGAUUAUCGAUUAUCUAAAUAUCUGAUUCUUUGAAGAAUUCGAGAGUACCUGAACAUCUAGGCAGUAAUAUACUGCCUGCCUUUUUCGUUUCAUUUCAUUGAGUUGAGUAAAUAAAACAGAAAUAUCUAAUAAGAAUGUCCAAGAAACAGCUCUUGUUACUAUCGUCAUCCACUGUACAUGGCUUUUCCUACCUAGAAUAUGCUGCCACAGAUAUAAAGGAAUUCCUUCAAAAAAAUCAAAUAAAAGAGGUACUUUUCAUACCUUAUGCAUUGAAAGAUCACGGAUCCUAUUUGGAAAAGGUGAAAAAUGUUUUCACAAAAUGGGGAUUCAAUAUGACUGGAAUACACGAAUCUAAAAACCCCUUCGAAGCUGUAAAAUCAGCCAAAUCAGUGUUUGUGGGAGGUGGAAACACUUUCCUAUUGCUGAAAACUUUAUAUGACCAUAAACUUAUUGAUUUGAUUAGAUCAAGAGUAAUGAAUGAAGGACUUAUCUAUAUGGGGACUAGUGCAGGAACAAACAUUGCAACUAAAAGCAUCCAUACUACAAAUGAUAUGCCUAUCGUUUAUCCACCUAGUUUUGAUGCUCUAAAUUUAGUACCAUUUAAUAUCAAUCCACAUUAUGUGGAUCCUGAAGCAAACUCAAAACAUAAGGGCGAAACAAGAGAAGAAAGGAUAUUGCAGUUUCUGGAAACAGAGCACGGUGAGGUUGUCCUAGGUCUAAGAGAGGGUUCUACUUUGUUGAUAGAGGGUAACAAAGCUGUUCUCAAAGGCUUAGUGGGAGCUAGGUUAUUCGUUAAGGGACAAAAACCCCAAGAACUAGAAGUUGGCACUGAUUUGAGUUAUCUUAUGGAUGAGAAAGAAUGUCUUCCAGAAUGCUGCCCAAAGAAGAAAGUAUGUAAAUAGUAUUUCUUCAAACAUUUUAUAAAUGGUAAUUCACUGUGCAAUUUGUUUAAUUUUUCUAAUUAUAAAUAAACUGUACUUUGGUUCCAAGAAA